AUUGACUUAGACACAAAUGGCUGAGUUCACCUUCCUGUGGAAAAAGCUGCCCUCGGGUCUUAUCUGGAGGAUGGGGAGGCACCUUGUCCUUGGGUGGGACCUUCCCCCUCCACUAUUUCAGGCUCUGGGGGCUGCAGGAAGCCCUAGGAGGGGUCUUCCGCUGGGUGUAUUUUUAGAGGAACAAAGUGGGGCCCAUCUGGCAGGUCCCUCCAUGGUGGGGGCUGGCCUGGGGAUGGGGCUCCAGGUCACGGGAGUCCCUGAGGACAGGGUCUCUCGGUUUCCACCUACCAGCGAGCUGUGAUUUAAUUGGCUGAGUUCAGAGCACGGGAAGGAGGGGCGGGGGCUCUUCGACCUCCACAAACCAGGCUUAGCUUCUGCCCCCGUGGGCCGUCAGGGAGCCUGCCUGGACAAUGCUCGUAUACAGGGCUGUCCUGGAGGGGCCCCGAUGGCAGUGGGAUCGGAGAACUGGGGAGAGAUGGAUGACGCGGCUUGCAGGACCAAGAUGGUGGUUUGCCCUGUGGGAGGGAGGGCCCCUCUGGCUCUCGCAGCCUCAGUUUGCUCCCGUCCUGGGCACGGGUGCGGGAGGUUUGGGGGGGGGGGUGGCGCUGGUGUGGCGGGCCCUCCCUGCGGGGGCUGUCAGGUGUCAGUGGUGACUCAGCCCUGCUUCGGGCUGUGCUGGGGUGGCUGCAGCUGCACCGCAGCUGAUCCCGAUGGCGGUGAUGGGGCCACCACCAUCAGAGAUGGGGCAGCGGGCGGUGCCAGCCGUGGGAGUGUGACAGGCCCCAGGCGCACCUCCCCUCACACCCAGUUCUGGAGGCCUUUGGGGGAGUAAAGCGACAGGGUCCUGCAGCGCGUGUAGGGCUUACAGGCAGGCUUUGGGGGGCCCCUGGUUCCUGUUCCCUGCCCUCCACCCCAAGCUGCAGCAGGACUGCCUCUUGUUUGGCGGCCAGGGUACCCUCCUUGGCCUCCUGGCCUCCCCAACCCUGGGUCCUGGGAGCAGGGCAGGGCCUCCCAGCAGUUUCCUUCCUUCCUUUCUUGGGACGGAAGCCUGGCUGGUAGGGGGCGCCGGGCUGGAGCCUGAGCAAGGGAGGGGGACUCAGUCACCACCCUGUUCCCCAAAGUGACUCAGCCCCGUGUCCCCACCCGUCCCUGGGGAGCCUGGGCCACAGUGGGAGGUGGAUAAAUGGGGUGGCAGGCCGCACUGGCCCGAGAGCUCAGGCCACUCCAGCUGGACGCCCUGCCCGACGCUUCUGUCCCGACUCCCAUGGCCCGCUCUGGGAAUGCCGUGCCAUCAGCCCCGGCCCCGGGAGCCCCUCCACAGAGCCCGUCUCGGGGGCUUGUGCAGGAUGCCAACGGGCCCCUGAGGGAGCUGCGCCCAAGGCUCUGCCACCUACGGAAGGGUCCCCAGGGCUACGGGUUUAACCUGCACAGUGACAAGUCCCGGCCCGGACAGUACAUCCGCUCGGUGGACCCCGGCUCCCCCGCCGCCCACUCUGGCCUCCGUGCCCAGGACCGACUCAUAGAGGUGAACGGGCAGAAUGUGGAGGGGUUGCGCCAUGCGGAGGUGGUCGCCAGCAUCAAGGCGCGGGAGGAUGAGGCCCAGCUGCUGGUGGUGGACCCCGAGACGGAUGAACACUUCAAGCGGCUGCAGGUCACACCCACCGAGGAGCAUGUGGAAGGUCCACUGCCAUCGCCGGUCACCAACGGGACCAGCUCGGCCCAGCUCAAUGGUGGCUCCGUGUGCUCGUCCCGAAGUGACCUGCCCGGCUUAGACAAGGACACUGAGGAUGGCAGCACGUGGAAGCGAGACCCUUUUCAGGAGAGCGGCCUUCACCUGAGCCCCACAGCAGCUGAGGCCAAGGAGAAGGCGAGAGCCACCAGGGUCAACAAGCGGGCACCACAGAUGGACUGGAACCGGAAGCGUGAGAUCUUCAGCAACUUCUGAGCCCCCUGCCUGCUCCCCGCCGGCUCCUCCCCACGGGCCUGGGCCUUGCCCUUUGGACUGCCCAGAGCUCCCCACGUCCUGGUGGACUGGAGGGGGCAUCCUUCCCCCCUAAGCUGGGGUGGUCCCACCACCACCUGUGGGGUGUUAGGGGAGUGUGGCCACAAGAUGGGCAGAGGGAGCUCCUGAGAUGUGAGACCCAGAGAGACAGUGAGGGGCAGGGGGAGAAAGGGGGAAGGCGAGGGCCGGGGGGAGGGGCGGUGGUGACCCGCAGGCUGGCCGCCGUGCUGACUGCCUGGGCCUGCUGACUUACAGGAAUUUGUUUUUGCUUUUUUCCAGAAAGAUCUCUAGCUCCACAUAUGUUUCCACUUAAUAGCAGAGCCCCGCCCCCACCCCCUCAGGACGUGCUCUCUAAAUACUUGCAAUAAAACAAACCUUUCUCUGCACACCAUUUCCCCCUACCCUCUCAGCAGCAGCCAUCCCAAGUGGGAGUCCCAGGGACAAGGCUGGGGGUUUGCAGGCUUCAGGGCAGGGGCCGUGGGAGCUGCCCUCUGCCCUUUCCUGGGGUGGGCGGUCUGAGGAUGGAGGCCCCGUGCCCCUGAGGAGGGCACCUCUGGACAGGCCCCUCGUGCCUGCAGGGCAGCCCCCAGGAAGGAUCUCAGGCUCCGGGCUCGGCCCCUGCCAGGAGCCUCCCUGGAGGAAGCCCGAUCUGCCUUCCCUCUGCCCAGAUCCCGACCCACCGACCGACAUCGCUGUCUGCCCUACAAGCCAUAGCGCAUGCGCGCCCUCAGAAUAAACAGGUCUUCCUUGGA